UCAAAAGUGUCAAAAUCCCUUCACAAUGGACGCAUCCAGAGGCCGUUUAUGACAUAUGGCGAAUUCACUUCUCCACAUCCUGUCAGUGUCAAGUUUGACAGCAGUUGCCCCGCUGUCAAACCUGACAGAUCAAACUGAUCGAGACGCUUGGCAACUGUCACAACAAGGCGAUUGCCAUGGCAACCCAACAUGGCUGCGUGUUUCAGGCGAUGGCAACGUGAGUUUCGAGGAGUUUUUGGACAUGGCGUGGACGGCGGGCGCUGGCACCGACCCCGAUCAGGUUCUGUCGCGCGAAGAAGAGGAAAAAGAGCUGCGCGACGCGUUCCGCGUCUUCGACAAGCACAAUCGAGGCUACAUCACGGCGUCCGACUUGCGGGCGGUGCUUCAGUGCCUCGGCGAGGACCUUUCGGAGGAGGAGAUUGAGGACAUGAUCAAAGAGGUGGACGUCGAUGGGGACGGCCGCAUUGACUUCUACGAAUUCGUGAACGCCCUCGGGGAGCCGGGCAAUGACGACAGCUACGAGGAGGACGACGACGACUACGCAGGCUAUUAACCACUUAUCGAGCUCCAAUUAACUUAUUCGCAUUCUAACCGGCCCUUUGGCGCACUUUCAUCCACAUUUCGGGCGUUUUUUCUUCAAAAUAUUAACGCACACAUACAUGUAUAAAUAUAGUGAUAUACAGGAAA